CGCUGCCUCAACGGAGUUAUGGCGAUAGCGCGGCCGGGUGAUGGUGACUCUAAUUGGCUUGCCGAGGGUACCGACUGCCUUACCUUGGACUUCGGACCAUUCGAAUCAGCGCAUCUAUGGACACAAAUGCCCUCGUGCGACGAAUUUGUCGGAGCGAGACGAAGCAAGCACACGUCGGCAGCCUACAAUGACGCUAUAUACAUUUUCGGGGGCGACAACGGAAGAGAGAUGUUGAAUGACCUACUGCGCUUCGACGUUCGCGAUCGAUCAUGGUCAUCGUGCCGGAAAUUCGCCACGAGUGUCGCGCCAGCACCAAGGUACCACCACUCGGCAGUCGUUCACGAGAACUCGAUGUACGUUUUCGGGGGUUACACAGGAGAUCUACAUUCCAAUCAAAAUUUGGCGAAUAAAAACGACCUGCACGAGUUCCGCUUCACCAACGGACAGUGGAUAGAAUGGAAGUUCGACGGAAGGAAACCUGUGCCCCGCUCCGCCCAUGGGGCCGCGGUCUACGACAACAAGAUGUGGAUAUUCGCGGGGUACGAUGGUAACGCGAGACUGAACGAUAUGUGGUGCACGGCGCUAAGCAGUGCGACGCAAGGACCCGCUGGGAGUCAGAUGGAGAAAAAAACAUGGGAGGAAGUGAACCAACGUGGCGAAAGGCCCCCAACUUGCUGUAAUUUCCCUGUUUGUGUAGCCCGAGACUCGAUGUUCGUGUUCAGUGGCCAGAGCGGUGCCAAGAUAACUAACUCUCUGUACCAGUUCCACUUCAAAGACAAAAUGUGGACUCGCAUCACGACUGAACACAUUCUCCGAAACGCACCCCCGCCGCCGACGAGGAGAUACGGACAUACCAUGGUGGCUUAUGACAGACAUCUGUACGUUUUCGGAGGGACGGCGGACAGUACGCAGCGGAACGAUCUCCACUCUUUCGACUUGGACGAGAAGAUUUGGAAGAUCGUAGAAUCUGCGCCUGGAAGCAUUGUACCUUCCGGGAGACUUUUCCACAGUGCCGCCGUGAUCGCGGACGCCAUGUAUAUUUUUGGCGGCACAAAAGACAACAACACAAGAUCUCGCGAAAUGUAUCGUUUCCAAUUUUCAUCUCAUCCCAAGUGCACGCUGCACGAAGAUUAUCGAAGAUUACUCCAGAGUAAAUUGUUCUGUGAUAUAGAAUUUCUCGUGGGCCAAGAGAGUAUAGCCGUGCCGGCCCAUAUGGCAUUCGUGGCUGCCAGAUCGGAUUUCUUGAGAGAGAAGAUCUUCAGAGCGAAGGAAAAACACGAAGCCUCCCCGGGAGCAUCCGGUAUUCUAUCCGUCUGUCUGCCGGAUGUCACGCCCGAGCCCUUCCAACUCGUCCUGACAUACAUUUACACAGACAGCAUCGAUCCUACAGAGAACGACAGGGAGCAGGGCUCGAAUCAAAUCGUUCUUCUCAUGAUGGAGGUCUACCGUCUAGCUGUGCAGUUCCAUAUGCGGCAGUUGGAACACUUGACCGUCCAAUAUUUGGAGGCCGCUAUCAAUCAUAACAACGUUCUCCUCGCGGUACAGAAUGCAGAUUCCUUGAAGUUGGAUUUCAUCAAGGAAUAUUGUCUCCGAUUCAUCGUCAAGGAGUGCAAUUAUAACCACAUUGUGAUGUCGAAAGAAUUCGAGACCAUGUCGCAGCCGCUCAUGGUCGAGAUUAUCAGGCGGCGCCAAGUUCCGGCACUUCGCUAUACGGCACCCGCGAGCGAGAGUCCACCCGACGGAUCGGGCUCCAAUCUCGAACAAGACAUGUCAACCCUUCUGCGCGAAAUUGGAAAAGCAUCGACGGAUCUGACCGACAUUACUCUCAUGCUGGAUGGGCUCGUCGUCAGAGCUCACAAAUGCGUGUUGGCCGCGAGAUGCUCGUAUUUUGAGGCUAUGUUCCGGUCAUUCAUGCCGCCGGACAACAUUGUUAAGAUAGCGAUUGGAGAAAUGGUGCCUUCCGAACAGGCCUUCCAUACAUUAUUAAGAUACAUCUACCAUGGGGAUGUUGAAAUGCCGCCCGAGGACUCCUUGUACAUAUUCUCCGCGCCCUUCUUUUAUGGUUUCACCAACGGUAGACUUCAAGCUGCGUGCAAACAGAACCUUGAAAGAAAUGUCACGACCGACAACGUCAUUCAGGUUCUUGAAGCUGCUGAUAAAAUACAAGCCACUGAUAUGAAGAAGCAUGCCCUGAACCUGAUAGUCCAGCAGUACCCGAAAGUCGCAAAGGUUGCUCGUCUCCGCCAGUUGUCGAGGGAUCUCCUGUUGGACAUACUCGAUUCGCUUGCUGAAGAAAUGGGCCGUUCCGGAAAACUUUGUGCCGAUACCAGCAGUCCUAGUCUUUGUGGCCUUGACAGUUCCUGCUGUCAGAUGGGCAGCAGCGACAGCAGUUAUUAUACAUUAGACAACAUUCCGAAUAAGGAAUAG